GCGGAGGGGCCCGAGCGGCGGCUGCGGAGCCCCGGGAGCCCGAGAGCCCGAGCUGGGCGCGGGAGAAGAUGGUGGCGCUGCCGGGAGGAGCGGCGAGAGCGGAGCCUUCUUCCCAGGCUGGGCGCCCGCGCCGUCCUUAGCGCCUCCCGCGCCCGCGGAGCCAGCUGUCAGGCCAGCCAGGUGGCGCAAAAUGAGAGCUCAGUGAAGCGGCCAGGCCCCCUCUUCUCCAAGCCCCGUCCCCGACGCCCACCAUGAGCCACUCGGAGGGCUCCGUGGAGGUGGAGGUGACCGAGGAGGUGGUGGCCGGCGGGGAGGUGAACGAGUCGGUGGAGGCCGACCUGGAGCACCCCGAGGUGGAGGAGGAACAGCCGCAGCCGCCGCAGGAGGGUCGCGCCGUCGAGGACCUCCGCGCGCCUGCCCCGCCGGAGGAGGAGGAAGGCCGGGAGUGCCUGGCCCGCUCCGCCAGCACCGAGAGCGGCUUCCACAACCACACGGACACGGCCGAGGGCGACGUGAUCGCCGCCCAGGACCCGGAGGAUGAGAACGCGUACGCGGUGCAGUACCGGCCCGAGGCCGAGGAGUACACGGAGCACGCCGAGGCCGAGCACGCCGAGGCCACGCAGCGCCAGGCGCUGCCCAACCACCUGCACUUCCACUCGCUGGAGCACGAGGAGGCCGUGAACGCCGCGUACUCGGGCUACGUCUACACGCACCGGCUCUUCCCCCGCGGGGACGACGAGCCCUACGCCGAGCCCUACGCGGACUACGGGGGGCUGCAGGAGCACGUGUACGAGGAGAUCGGGGAGGCGCCCGAGCUGGACGGCCACGGCCGCGACCGCGACGGGCUGCGGCGCUACGAGCAGGAGCGGGAGCGCGACGAGGCGCUGGGCGCGCGGCUGCAUCACUACGACGAGCGCUCGGACGGCGAGUCCGACAGCCCCGAGAAGGAGGCCGAGUUCGCGCCCUACCCGCGCAUGGACAGCUACGAGCAGGAGGAGGACAUCGACCAGAUCGUGGCCGAGGUCAAGCAGAGCAUGAGCUCGCACAGCCUGGACCAGGCGGCCCAAGAGGACAUGCCCGAGGCCGAGCAGGACCUGGAGCGCGCCCCCACUCCGGGCGGCGGCCGCCCCGACAGCCCCGGCUUGCAGGCGCCCUCCGGGCAAAGGGCCACGGCUGGCAGUGGCAGCGGAGGUGGCGAGGCGGUGCAGCAGCGCUACAGCAAGGAGAAGAGGGAUGCCAUCUCGCUGGCUAUCAAGGACAUCAAAGAGGCCAUCGAGGAGGUGAAAACCAGGACCAUCCGUUCGCCUUACACGCCCGACGAGCCCAAAGAACCCAUCUGGGUCAUGCGCCAGGACAUCAGCCCCACCAGGGACUGUGAGGACCAGAGGCCGGCAGAUGAAGAUACUCCAUCUCCAGGCAGCUCAUCACCCCUGGGUGCAGAGUCUUCAAGCACACCUCUUCAUUCCAGCGACCCCACGGAGGCUUCUACUAAUAAAGAGUCAAGAAAAAGCUUGGCUUCCUUUCCAACCUAUGUUGAAGUUCCCGGACCUUGUGACCCAGAAGACUUGAUUGAUGGAAUCAUCUUUGCUGCCAAUUACCUGGGCUCUACCCAGUUACUCUCAGACAAAACUCCCUCCAAAAACGUUCGCAUGAUGCAGGCCCAGGAAGCAGUGAGCAGAAUCAAGAUGGCCCAGAAAUUAGCCAAAAGCAGGAAGAAGGCUCCUGAAGGUGAAUCUCAGCCCAUGACAGAGGUGGAUCUCUUCAUUUCUACACAGAGAAUCAAAGUGUUGAACGCUGACACACAGGUACCAGAGACCAUGAUGGACCACCCUCUGAGGACCAUCUCCUACAUCGCUGACAUUGGGAAUAUUGUGGUGCUGAUGGCCCGCCGGCGCAUGCCACGCUCCAACUCCCAGGAGAAUGUGGAGGCUUCACACCCAUCCCAGGAUGGCAAGAGGCAAUACAAGAUGAUCUGCCACGUGUUUGAGUCUGAGGAUGCUCAGUUGAUCGCACAGUCCAUUGGACAGGCAUUUAGCGUGGCAUACCAAGAAUUCCUCAGAGCCAAUGGGAUCAACCCUGAAGAUCUCAGCCAGAAGGAAUACAGUGACUUGCUCAACACCCAGGACAUGUACAAUGAUGACCUGAUCCACUUCUCCAAGUCAGAAAACUGCAAAGAUGUCUUCAUCGAGAAACAAAAAGGAGAAAUCCUGGGUGUGGUGAUAGUGGAGUCAGGCUGGGGGUCCAUCCUGCCAACCGUGAUCAUCGCCAACAUGAUGCAUGGGGGGCCUGCCGAAAAGUCAGGAAAGCUAAACAUCGGGGACCAGAUCAUGUCCAUCAAUGGCACCAGCCUGGUGGGCCUGCCUCUGUCCACCUGCCAGAGCAUUAUUAAGGGCUUGAAGAAUCAAUCACGGGUAAAGCUUAACAUUGUACGGUGUCCCCCAGUGACUACUGUGCUCAUCAGGAGACCAGAUCUUCGCUACCAGCUGGGUUUCAGCGUCCAAAAUGGAAUUAUCUGCAGCCUCAUGCGUGGAGGUAUUGCUGAGAGAGGAGGCGUCCGCGUGGGACAUCGGAUCAUUGAGAUCAAUGGGCAGAGUGUGGUGGCCACCCCCCAUGAGAAGAUCGUCCACAUCCUCUCCAAUGCUGUGGGGGAGAUUCACAUGAAGACGAUGCCGGCUGCUAUGUACAGGCUGCUCACAGCACAGGAGCAGCCCGUGUACAUCUGAGGCCACUCCAGGCCAGGCAGCAUGCAUGGAGGGCUCUCCUCACUCGUGGUUGUGUUUCUCGUGCUGCAUCUGUGUGCCCACUGAGACUUUUCCCUCUCGCGCCCAGAGCUCAGUUUUCUGCAGAAGGAAAAGAAUCCACAAGGACCUAUGCGCUCCGUCUCUGUGGUGUUGUGGGGUUUCUUCUCAUUUUCCAUGCUGGGCUCUCCAGAAGGGCCCUUGGGAGUCUUGAGGAAAGGUGGGCAUUGUCCAGAGGGGGCAUUGUCCUAAAGGGAGAUCCCCAUCCUUAAGUGGUAUCAGCUUCUUGAGUCAGGGCACCUGGGGCAGGGAAGAAGUGGCUGCACCCACUGUUUUUCUAUGGCUGGUUAUAGGGUAAAAAUAGGAUGCAGCAGCCUUCGUGUCUAAGCUCUGCUCUGCCCACCAUGUGCUUGGGGUACAUCAUUUCCAUCGGAGUUUCUGAGCCAACUUUAUGCCUCUCCUAGAAGGAGUUUUUCUUUAACAUG